AUAAAAACAGAAAUUUAAAAAAGAAUAAAAAAAUAAAGAACGCAGACGGGAGUUCUUGGGGAGCGAGAAGGGUCCAAGUUGAACGGAGACAGGCGGUUUCCUAUCUCCGAGGAGAGAUCCGACUGUCCUGACUCCUCUGUGUGUGAGAGAGAGAGAGAGAGAGAGAGAGAGAGGGACUGUACUGCUCAUGGACGCGGGCUGGGAGGGAAAGGGGGAGAGAGAGCGAAAGGAGACGUAUUAGAAGUUUCUUUCGUCUGCCGUCACUUUGCAGGCCCAACAGCAAAGGGAAAUUCUGUAUUCACAGACAGUUUGACAAUAGGGUUUUGAUACGAUGGAUAUAGAUCCGCGCCAAUAUGACCAUGUUGCUAUUAAUGACAAUGACAUCCACAGUGUUGUCCUAUCAUAUCUUGUGCAUAACUGCUUUAAAGAGACCGUGGAAUCAUUCAUUGCUUGUACUGGAAUGAAGCAGCCUGUUGAUUAUCUUGAGGAGAUGGAAAAAAGAAAACGAAUUUUUCACUUUGCGCUAGAGGGAAAUGCCUUAAAGGCCAUUGAGCUAACAGAACAGCUGGCUCACGACUUACUGGAGAAAAAUAUGGACUUACAUUUUGAUCUUUUGAGCCUUCAUUUUGUUGAACUUGUAUGCUCUAGGAAAUGCACAGAAGCUUUGGAAUUUGCUCAGACCAAGUUGACCCCAUUUGGAAAAGUGCAAAAAUAUGUUGAGAAGCUUGAAGACUUCAUGGCUUUGUUAGCUUACGAGGAGCCAGAAAAAUCCCCAAUGUUUCAUCUGCUUAGUUUGGAAUACCGGCAGCAAGUUGCGGAUAGUUUAAAUCGAGCAAUUCUUGCAUAUGCAAACUCGCCCAGAUUUUCAGCAAUUGAAAGGCUUGUACAACAGACGGCUGUAGUUAGACAGUGCUUAAGUCAAGAGCUUGGCAAGGAUGGGCUGCCACCAUUUUCUUUGAAGGAUUUUAUGAAGAGCUAAUUUGCAGAAUUGUUUUAAACAUUUGGCAUGGAACAAAUUGAGACGCAUUCAAUGCUUGGUACCAUACAGUUGCAUGUGGUGUUUGCAACCAUUGGUGUAGCAAUGCGAUCAGUGUUUCCGUAACUAUGCAAGUUUGCCAAGGAGAUUGUCUCAUGUAUCUGGGUCUUCCGUAUUUUGUGAGGUAUGCCCAAAUUUGUCAUCGAGCUAGGAGGAGGAAAAAAAAAGCUCGAUUGGCUCAACUGCGUGCAAAAUGGUAUGGUCUUGAUGGUUAGGUUGAUUUCCCUGGUGGUUUGUUUGUUUGUACCAAGGUAUUCUGAUUCAGAUUAACCUUUUAAGCUUCGAUAACAGCAGAAAUCUAAUGGUAAUGGUGUUUGAAGUAAGGUUUCUUUCCACCAUAAUUGGCCAUGUUUAUGUGUUUGACAAUGGAGAAGGCUUGAAGGAGUUGGGAUGAGGCAGAAUUGAGGAAAAAAUGAAAAAAAUAUUAUUGUGUAACAUAUAUUUAUGUUAUUAUUCCUUUAAUACAUAUUUUGGAGAAGGGCAGUAGGUCCUUGGUAUGGUGCAAA